AUGGCUUCGCUUUCUAAGUUUUUGACUGCCGGCCUCUUGGUUGCUGGCGCCGCUGCCCAUCCCCACGGCCACCAACAUGUGCACAAAUCCGCCUUGCACAAGCGAUCCGGCGAUUCGACUAAGCGCGGCGCUGCUUACAACGAUGCAACUCUCGUCUCCGCUUUGACUUCCAGCUCUAGCGUUAUCUCCUGGGCUUACAACUGGGGAAGCACCAUCAAUGGUGAUAUUCCCUCCGGUGUCGAGUAUGUGCCCAUGCUGUGGGGUUCGAGUUCCACCUAUACGGAUGCCUGGGCUGCGGCGGUUAAGACCGCCCUUGCCGAUGGCAGCACCCAUUUGAUGGGUUUCAACGAGCCCGACUCGUCCUCCCAAGCCAAUAUCGGCUACGCCGAUGCCGCUACAUAUUAUAAGGAGUACCUGACCAUCUACUCCAGCGAAGCUACAUUGGUUAGUCCCGCUGUGACUUCGUCUACCACCACUGGCCAAGGUUUGUCUUGGAUGUCCUCUUUCUUGAGCGAGUGCACAAGCUGCGAGAUUUCCGCGCUUGCUGUUCAUUGGUAUGGCAGCGAGCUGUCCGACCUCAAGACUUUCGUCAAUGAGGCUAUCACACUGGCCGAGGAAUACUCCAUCUCCGAGGUCUGGCUCACUGAGUUUGGCUUGGACACUGACGAAUCCGGUAUCACCGACCUUGCCACCGCUGCUACUUUCGUCAAGGAGGCUAGCGAGUGGCUCGAGACCAAGUCCGCCAUUGCCCGCUACUCGUUCUUCUUCUGCGCCAAUGACUACAUGCUUACCGACAGCGUCGCCAACUCUGUUGGUAAUGCCUACAUUUCUGUCUCUGGUUCUUCGUCAAGCUCUUCCUCUUCCUCUUCUUCAUCCGAGUCUUCCUCGUCCUCCACCGAGUCUACUUCCACGUCGACAACUACGUUUGCUGUUGCCGCAUCUACCUCAACCUCCGUCUCUGUUUCGACUGAGACCAUUUCGUCGUCCGAGACUGAGGUGUCUUCAUCUGUCUCCGUCUCCAUCGAUGUUGGUGCUGAGGCAGUGGCUGAAUCCGAGUCCUCCAGCUCGAGCUCUUCCGAGGUCGUUGAGGUCGCCGCGUCUACAUCGACCCCCGUCCCGACUACUUCUGCAACUCCGACUCCCACCUCUUUCUUGACCUCUACCACCACCCUCACUGCCUUCACCACAGUUGAGACCCCUUCGUCCUCUGCCACUCCCACUCCUGUGACCUCGUCUACACCCACCCCAUCUCCCAUCACAUCGUCCACGCCCAAGUUCACCCCUUCUUCCUCUGCCGUUGUUGUCACCGUCACCCCCACCGUCACCGUCACUGAGUGGGAAACUGUGAUCCCGACUCCAGCUGACUUUGGGGCCUGUGGCGCUCCUAAGCCAUUCCACACCUCGCACUAG